CUUCCUUCAGCCAUUCGUCUGUCAUCUGAGAGGAAUGUGCGGCCGGACUGCGAGCUGCCCCCAGUCUCGGUGUGAGAAGGCUCCGAUCUCCGUUCACACACCUCAAUUUUGCGGUUCCACUGGACCAGGUCUGAUCUCGUCUCUCGUCGUGACUGUGCUGCACAAUGGCCUCCAUGCUUUCACCAGCUCCACCGCCAUCUUUCCCCACUGCCACCCCUACCUUCCCGCUGAUGGGGGCCAAUGACUCCACAUGCCAGGAGUGGGAGCAGGCACACCAUCUCCUCUUUCAUUUAGGAAAUGCAUCUCUGCUGCUGGGCUUGGUGCUGCCCACCACCUUGGGUCUGCACAUGAUCUUGCUACGCCUUCUUCUGAUGACAGGAUGCACCCUCUUCAUCACUUGGGCCACCUUGUAUAGGUGCAACCUGGACGUCAUGGUCUGGAACGUGGUCUUCCUGUUAGUCAACUUCAUGCAUUGGUUCUACCUCCUGUACAAGCGGCGCCCUAUAAAGAUUGACAGGGAGCUGCGGUCAGUCUACAAGCGCAUGUUCGAGCCACUACAUGUGCACGAGGCUUUGUUUCAGAGACUGACUGGACAGUUUUGCACUAUCCAGACAAUGAAAAAGGGACAAGCCUACGCUGCUGAAGACAAGACUUCUGUGGAUGAACGUCUGAGCAUUCUCCUCAAAGGAAAGAUGAAGGUGUCAUACAGAGGCCAUUUUCUUCACAACAUCUAUUCCAACUCAUUCAUUGACUCCCCAGAGUUCAGGUCUACCAUGAUGCACAGAGGGGAGAAGUUCCAGGUGAGCAUCAUAGCUGAGGAGAACUGUAAGUACCUAUGUUGGUCUCGAGAAAGGCUGACCUUCUUCCUGGAGUCAGACACAUUCCUCAAUGAGGUGUUUCGCUACCUGAUUGGCAAAGACAUCACCAACAAACUCUAUGCCCUCAAUGACCCCACACUGAGUGACAAGGCGGUGAAGAAAAUGGACCGACAGCCCAGCAUGUGUUCUCAGCUGUCUAUGAUGCAGAUGAGGAACAGCAUGGCCAGCACGAGUGACACAGAUGAUGUUCUGAACCAGAUCCUGAGAGGAGGUUCAGGUGGCUCAUCAUUGCAAAAAUCUCCUGGCACCAAGGCGUCCUCAAAGAUGAAUCCAAUCAAGGAAGGAUUGGAAGAUGAUGUUUUUGUGGAUUCUUCACCGCCCAAGUCCCACCGUCUGUCCAGCACUUCAACAGAAGAAGUCUAGCACUCUUUUUUGUUGCUCUUUGACACGAAUGGAAGGAUGAAAUGACAUGACCCAGACAUUUUGGUAGCUUAGGCCUGAGAUAGAUAGACCCAGUAAUAGUAUUCGUUAUGAUGUUUGUGCUUUCACUCACCCAGACAGCCGUGUUGACACAGAUAGGUUUUGUGGUAAGAGUCAAAGCCAGGGUCCUAAUUUUGUGUGCAAGCUUUCCAUACCAAAGCUUUUCAUGCUUCACGCCUAAUUCCAUACACCAGCACUCAUCCCCAUUACCGAACAAAUCAAGGGCACAUUUUAUCAAUAUAUUUUGAUUUAUCAACACUAAAGAUAUGACACAGUCAGUGUACAGAUAUUCCUUCUAAAAUAACUACACACAGCCAUUAAACUGCCUUUAGCUAAAGUGUGCACACCCCUUGGUUAAAGAUUUCAGUGGCGAACAGCAAACAAUGCAACACUGGUACCAGAUGU